AGUGCACAUGAGGCAUGAUGGGACAUGAAGGGUUAAAUCGGUGGGGAGGGGAAGUGACAGCAAACCAAAAGAAGAGGGGGAUAUAAAAACACCAAAGGCUUCGUGGCCACGAGUCUGGCUGUGUUUGUGCUGGACUAAAGAUACAGAACGACAGAAGGGAACACACGGACGCGCGCGCACACACACACUAGUACUGAGCUGUGGUGUCGUGUGUUAUUUGACAGCGCGCUUUUACGCAGAAGGUGUAUGUGGAUACUCUUGCGCAAGAGCAGCUCAUACACCCUUUUGAGGAGGACAGAGCUCAGAUUAGUUAGUCAGAGGAGGAAAACUGGAUCUUGAUCACACUGAAGAUUGGCUUAUAGUGAACUACACUUCAUCCCUAAAGACGCAGUGGCAUUUGGAGAGGAUGACAGCACUUUGCGCAAAGCAUAGUAGCGCAACAAUGUACCCAAACCAGAAGUUUUAUAUUAGACGUGGAGGACAGACCACGAGAAUUUGAAGUGGUUUGAACUGGGAGACGUUGUGUUUUAUUUUCAAACAUAAGAAUGCUGCAGGGUCUCAGAAUUGUGUACUUGUGCCAGUGUCCCUGAUUUACCUGCGCACAAGUAAAAGUUUUUCCUCAUUGAAAAAGUAAAACUUUAUAUCUCGACAUCUGCUUGCUUUUGCAUUUUAUACUAAUGUUAAAAGAAAAGUAAAUACCUCAAUGGAACUGGACACAGCUUUGGAGUUUGUGGAACUUACUUUUCUGUUUUUUAAAGGUAAUUCAAGUUAUUUUUGGACAUCAGGAUUAUCCAACUUUUAAGAACAGGAGCUACAGAUCCCUCAUUGAUCUGGUCCGUUUUCAAACGUGGAGUGAUUGGGCUUCUUUGAGAUCAUUUCUAGCCAGUUAAUCUUUUUCCCGUGAGUAUUGCUCUUCUGGACCCCGACGUGGCUCCGCAGUGGUGUGGCGGCUCCUCGUCCGCGGCGGAUCCGGAGAUCGGAGUGUCUGCAGCGGCAGGAGGCGGCAGCGGAAGCCCGGCAGUGGCGGCGGUGGCGCAGGGUACUAAGAGCGCGCGAGUGAAGAGAAUGGUGCGGCUGGCGGCGGAGCUGCUGUUGCUGUUGGUACUUCUUCUUCUGACGUUACACAUCACGGUGUUGCGGAGCAGCCCACUGCAGCACGGAAAUGACACUGUGAGCUCGGAGCAGGACUCUCGGUUGGCGGAGAAUAAUGUCAAUGCAGAAAGCAGUUCCUCCGUUCAGUUGGGGCCGGGUGACAGACAGUCCCGGGUGCCUCAUAUUCCAGCGUCUCAGCCCUGGGUUCAGAGUCACGGGACAGGGGGCAGCCUGCAGAGAGAUGGACCAGGAGCUUUUCUGCUGGACCUGCAGAACUUCCCUGAUCUUUCCAAAGCUGAUAUAAAUGGGCAAAACCCCAACAUUCAGGUUACCAUAGAAGUGGUGGACAGCCUGGAAAGUUCGGAGCCAGAGAAGGGAAUACGCAAAGAAAACAAGCCUGGCUGGGCGGCUUCUAACUGGAGGAACUGGUGGCAGCGUUCGUCUUCCUCAUCUUCAUCUUCUGCGUCCACCCCAAAAGGGCCUGACGAACAAGAAUACCCCUACAACAGCAACACGGAGGACAGCAACUUCGUCAAACCGCUUGGAGACUGGGAGCAAAGAGGGUCUGCUGCCACAGGAAGCAGAUCCCAGACUGAAUACGACUACAUAGACGGGGACGGUGACUGGAGUGGUUGGACACCAUGCAGUGUAUCCUGUGGAAACGGCAACCAGAAGCGGACCAGAUCAUGUGGCUAUGCCUGCACAGCCACAGAGUCACGGACAUGUGACAUGCCCAGCUGCCCAGGGAUUGAAGAUGCUUUCAAGACAGCAGCGACGGAAGUCAGCCUUCUUGCUGGCACUGAAGAGUUUAAUGCAACUGAGCUCUUUGGAGUUGAUACAGACAGUUGUGAACGUUGGAUGAACUGCAAGAGUGAGUUCCUCAAGAAAUACAUGAGCAAAGUGGCCAACGACCUACCCAGUUGCCCCUGCUUUUACCCAACGGAGGUGGCCUACAGCACCGCAGACGUCCACGACGCCACCACAAAGCGCAACUUCCGCUGGAAGGACGCCAGUGGACCAAAGGAGAAGCUGGAGAUCUACAAACCCACUGCUCGCUAUUGCAUCCGCUCCAUGCUAACGCUGGAAUCCACCACACUGGCGGCCCAGCACUGCUGCUAUGAAGACAGCAUGAAGCUCAUCACACGAGGCAAAGGGGCCGGAACACCCAACCUCAUCAGCACAGAGUUCUCCGCUGACCUGCAUUACAAAGUGGACAUCCUACCAUGGAUCAUCUGCAAGGGUGACUGGAGCCGCUACAACCAGGCUCGACCUCCUAAUAACGGACAGAAAUGUGCAGAGAACCCUGGGAAUGAGGACUACUACAAACAGUUUGAGGAGGCCAGAGAGUUUUGAGCUGAGCUGAUGCUAUGAACCUUCUAAAACAGAAGCAGAACUCAUUUUGAAAUCUGGCUGUGUGAUUGAACAGGACUUGCUAUGAGAAACAGAGGGCACAGCCAACAACAAGCACAGAAGAACUUCAUAUGGUUUCCCUCAGAACCUCUGGUUGGUCUUUUCAUGGAAAGAAAAAUACCAAGUAACUCAUCGUGGUUCUCUUUGUAUUGUUUAUCUAUAUUACUUGGGAUAUCAGAUUUUUUUAUAAGUAAAAGGGAAAAAACUAAAGGGAAGUCAUAUCAGGAAUCACCCCACUAAUGAUCAGCUGACAGCGGGAAAACGUGCAGUGGGAAGCCCUCUCCUCAGGAUUCUUGGACAGAUUCAAGGAUAUUGGAUACAGUAUUCAGGUUCCUGUGUAAACAUGCAUAUAUUUGUUUAGCUGGAUGAACAGUUCCUAUAUAAUGUCCUGUUGUAUCACAUUUCAUUUUUUGCUAAA